AGCCAGUCUGAUCUACAGAGUGACUUCCUGGACAGCCAGGGCCAAGUAGAAAGACCUUGUUUCAAAACACCAACAAACAACAACAACAACAACAAAAAAGCCGGAAAUCGAACAACGGCCCUCCGAGAGAAGGAAGCCGGAGCCAAGUGGGAGCAGGCUGUUGAGCCGCCUGUCGCCUGGAGGGGGAGACCGAAGCCCGGAAAGCAGCAGCGUGGCGAGGGCCCCUAGGACCCCGAGCUCAUCUUCGCACCGACGCGGAGAGCCGCUACUCGGCCUGGAAGCAGAGCUUCCUGUCGCCACCAUGGUCAACAUCAACGAGCUGCCAGAGAACAUUCUGCUGGAGCUGUUCACCCACGUCCCGGCCCGCCAGCUGCUAUGUAACUGCCGCCUGGUCUGCAGCCUCUGGCGAGACCUCAUCGAUGUGGUGACGCUAUGGAAGCGCAAGAGCCUGCAAGACGGCUUCAUCACCGAGGACUGGGAAGAGCCCGUGGAAGACUGGAAGAUUUUCUAUUUCCUGUGCAGCCUGCAGAGGAACCUCCUUCGGAACCCGUGUGCUGAAGAGAACAUGGGAUCAUGGCGGUUAGACUACAAUGGCGGGGAUGAGUGGAAGGUGGAGAGCCUCCCUGGCGCACAUGGCACAAACUUUCCUGACCCCAGGGUCAAGAAGUAUUUCGUUACUUCUUAUGGCAUGUGCCUCAAGUCCCAGGUGGUGGACCUCAAAGCUGAGGGCUACGGGGAGGAGCUGAUGGACACCUUCCGGCCCGACAUUGUCAUUAAAGACUGGUUUGCCCCCAGAGCAGACUGUGGCUGCACCUAUCACAUUCGGGUACAGUUGGCCUCGGCCGACUACAUCAUUUUGGCUUCCUUUGAGCCUCCACCUGUGACCAUCGAGCAGUGGAAUGACGCCACUUGGAAGGAGGUCUCCCAUACCUUCUCGGAUUAUCCUCCAGGGGUCCGACACAUCCUCUUUCAACAUGGAGGCCAGGACACCCAGUUCUGGAAAGGCUGGUACGGGCCCCGCGUCACCAACAGCAGCAUCAUUAUCAGCCACAGGACAGCCAAGAACCCCGCCCCAGCCAGACCUCCGCCUGAAGAUGCUGUAGUGAUGGGCGGAAGACACCCUUCUUUGGAUGCAGAAAUCCAUCCGUUGGUAGACUUUCUCUGACAGCCAUCUGUCCACCUCUGCCAACGUCGGGUCCCCAGUCCCAGAAGCCCCUGCCCUACAGCCUCCGGCAAACCCAUCAAGCCGGCCUUGACAUUUGUUGUAAUAAAUGUUUUCAGUAAAUCCA